AACAUCCCACUCAUCAAACACAAAUUGCAAGAACCAUUCACAUUCUUCCAGAAUCAUCAAAGCCAUCAACGGGCUUGACUUGGCAACUAGCUGGAAGAUGAAGCAAGCAACCCUUUUCUUCUUCUCACUCUUCCUACUCCUUUCCUCCACCACCAUGGCCAUUUCACCAGCACCUGCAGCAGCACCAAAAGCCACAGCAAAAACUCCUCCUACCCCAAAGGCAACAGCACCAUCACCAAAACCAUUAGUUCCCACAAUACCUCAGUCUCCAGACUCUCCUGACUCGGUCCCCGACGACAUCACCAGAAUCCUGAAAAAGGCCAAAAUGUUCUCAGUCCUAAUCCGCCUCCUCAAAACCACCGAAAUCAUGAACAACAUCAACUCACAGCUCAUAACAGCCAAGAGUGGCGGCAUAACCAUCCUUGCACCAGAUGAUUCUGCCUUUUCCAACCUCAAAGCAGGCUUCCUCAACUCCCUAAACGAAGGCCAGAAAAUCGAACUUGUGCAGUUCCACAUAUUGCCCGAGUUUGUGUCCAGCUCAAACUUUGAUUCUCUAAGCAACCCUGUGCAGACAGUGGCCGGUAAAGAUCCCGCAAGGCUUCCAUUGAACGUGAAUGCAUUAGGAAACAGUGUCAACAUUUCAACCGGGGUCGUCAAUGCCACCGUUCUCGGGGUAGUAUACUCAGAUAACAAACUUGGGAUUUAUCACGUGGACAAGGUGCUUCUUCCUCUAGAUUUCUUUAUAACCAAUAAGGCUCCAGCUUCAGCUCCAUCAACUCUUGCAAAGUCUCCCAAAGCUGCUAAGGAUAACUCUUCUGAGGACGAUCAAGAAGAAACAAAUCAGCAUCAGAAUAAAUCUGGGGCAGUGAGUGUGGUUAGCAUUGGUGGAGCAACGUUGAUGUCGCUUGCGAUAGCUUUGGUUGCAACCAUGUUGAGUUGAUCCAUUUGGCAGCUGCACUUUCAAUUUUAUUUGUCAAACACGCCAUUAAUUUCUUUCUUUUUACCUUUUUUGUUUAAAUUUUGGUAUGUGUUUCUGUUUUCUUGUGUAUUGGUGUUAUAUAUGAAAAGGACGUGAAUACUUCAAUGAUUAAUGAUUCAGUGGCUAAGCCAUAAUUGUUC